AUCAUAUAAGAAUGAAAGAGAAUGUUUUCAAAGAUAUGAUGAAGAAGGGGGAAUUAACAUAAAUGGAAUUGCUCCAACUUGUAUGUAGUACAUAUCAAUACAUACUGUCACUGAGUGAGAUCAUCAAUUCUAAGCUCUGAAUUAAGUGAAUUUUGAUCUUUUACCAUACGAGAUCAAAUGAUUAACAUGGUAAUACAAAAUAUUGCCAUUUUAUUUUUAUUAAUAACACAUACAUUAUCUGCACCGAGUGGGUGCAUAGAAUCUUGUACUUCUUAUCUGACACAAUAUCAAACUUCUGGAAAUUUUCAAAAACAUGCUGAUUUAUCACAAACUGCUUCACAUUUACAAAAUCUUGAUUAUUCAAAACCUGGAACAUGGUCUGAACAUAAUGACUAUAAUGUAGAUAAUGGACAUGGAAAAGUACAUGAAGAACGAGGUCAAUAUGUCGAAGGUCCUAAGACAGUAAGAUAUUAUAAAAAAAAUUAUUCUUCUUAUGAUACGUGGUAUCCUGUUGGUGAGGAAAUAUCAAAUUUUGAUCAAAAUAAUAAUAGACAUAUAUCCAAUACAAAAGAUAUAGUUAAUCAACAUACUUAUAAUCAAAUGAGUAAUUCAGAAUCAAUUAUACAGCAAAAUAACUACAAUACAAUAAAGAGUCAAUCACAUAUUGAAUCAUCACAUAGAAAACCUAAUGUUCAAAAUGAAAGACUUGAAAAUCUUGGAGAAUACAGUAAAAAUUCACAGAUAAACCAACAAGAUAUAUCUAAUACACAAAUUUCGCAAGAACCCUAUCAUAUAAAUAUGCAGUCUGGAAAUUGGAGUACAAUAGAUUCAUAUAAAACUGAUGGAGGACAUGGUCGUGUAUUUGAAGAAAAAGGUCAAUAUGUAUCAGGAGCUAAAAAAAUUCGUUAUUAUAAAAGAAUUAUACUUCUAACUACAGUUCAUCUGAUGGAAUACCUAUUCCUGAUACUGCUAGAAAUGGAAUGCAAGAUAUACAAGCAAAGAUAGAAAAAUUUCAUAAAGAAAUUGGAAAAGGAUUUGAUCAAAUUUCACAAACACAAACCAGUAAUAUUGGACAAACACAUUUCAAUAUCCAUGAUUUGCCUACUGAUAAUAUUUAUAAUAAAAAUAGUGAUAAUUAUAGAGAUCAAUAUAACUAUAGAAAUUCAUUAAGAAUACAUCAUAAUGAAGAACAACAAUCUUCAGAUAUAACAAAUGAACAUUUACCUUAUAGAAAUCCUUAUCAAAAUACUUAUGGUGAAAAUAGUUACAGUAUGUAUGAAAAACAUGAAGGAUAUGUAAAGAAGCUUCAACCAACUAAUCAACUUAUUAAUCCUACAUCAGGAUAUACUAGCACACUCAAUGUUGGAAAUAAUGAUU